GCUGGCUUCUGUGGCAGAUGGGUGAGGAAGCACGCGAGUGCGGCUUGGGAGUCAUUUCAUCUCUUUUUACACAUCAGCCUAAAAUCUUGGUGGAGGCAAUUCUAACCAUCUGUAUUUUCACGUGUGUGAGACUGCAUCAGACGGGAAAAAAAAGAGUACGUUCGAUUUGACGCAGUGAAUGAAGAGUGGACGACAAGCCUGCGGGAUAAGAGAAUGUCUACAGACACGGAGUUCGGCGUGAAGGGCAGCAGCAUCAUCAGGGAAUGGAGCGGACAGGUCCAGCCCGCUCUGGUGGCCUCCUUCGUUUUCCUCGUCUGCCUGGAAGCCUGCCUGUGGGUCAGAAACCUCCGGCUCAAGAGGAGACUGCCGGGACCCUUCGCCUGGCCGGUGGUGGGCAACGCCAUGCAGCUGGGCCAGAUGCCCCACAUCACCUUCGCCGCGCUCGCCAAGAAAUACGGCAACGUGUACCAGAUCCGGCUGGGCUGCAGCGACGUUGUGGUUCUGAACGGAGGCCGGGCGAUACGGGAGGCUCUCCUUCGGCGCGGCGCGGAGUUUGCGGGCAGACCGAACUUUGUCUCCUUUCAGGCCGUCUCGGGGGGGAAGAGCAUGACGUUCAACAGCUACAGCAAACAGUGGAAGAUACACAGGAAAAUUGCCCAAUCAACAAUCAGAGCGUUCUCGUCUGCCAACAGCCAGACCAAAAAAGCCUUUGAGCACCAAAUAGCUGCUGAAGCCACAGAGCUAGUUGAGAUUUUCCUUAAACUCAGUGCUCACGGCCAGUAUUUUAACCCGGCUCACGAGCUGACAGUUGCUGCGGCCAAUGUGAUUUGCGCCCUGUGCUUUGGAAAGCGUUAUGGCCACGAGGAUGUGGAGUUCAGAGCCUUGCUGGAGAAGGUUGACAAGUUUGGAGAGACGGUAGGGGCUGGCAGCUUGGUAGAUGUGAUGCCCUGGCUCCAGACUUUCCCCAAUCCAGUCCGCAGCAUGUUCAAGAACUUCAAGGACCUGAACAAAGAGUUCUUUGGCUUCGUCCAGAACAAGGUGGAAGAGCACAGAGAGACGUUUGACCCAGAGGUAACGAGGGAUAUGAGCGAUGCCAUCAUUGGCGUGAUCGACAAGGCCGGCGGUGACAACGGGCUCACCAAAGGCCACGCGGAGGGGACGGUGUCCGAUCUGAUCGGCGCGGGUCUGGACACCGUCUCCACCGCGCUCCACUGGAUCAUUCUUCUGCUGGCUAAACACCCCGAGAAGCAAAGCAAACUCCACGAGCUCCUCGACAAAGUGGUGGGGCCAAGCCGCCUGCCGUCUGUGGAGGACAGAAGCCGCCUGUCCUACCUGGACGCCUUCAUCUACGAGACCAUGCGCUUCACCAGCUUCGUCCCCGUCACCAUCCCCCACUCCACCACCUCCGACGUCACCGUCGAGGGUCUGCACAUCCCCAAAGACACGGUGGUCUUCAUCAACCAGUGGUCCGUCAACCACGACCCCCUGAAGUGGAAGGACCCACACGUCUUUGAACCCGCGCGCUUCCUGGACGAAGAGGGCUCCCUGGAUAAGGAUCUGACCAACAGCGUCAUGAUUUUCUCAGCGGGGAAGCGAAAAUGUAUCGGGACCCAGAUUGCCAAAGUCGAGAUAUUUAUUUUCUUUGCGAUCCUUCUCCACCAGUGCCGAUUUGAGAAAUGUGCCGGCGAGGACCUGUCUUUAAACUGCUCCUAUGGUUUAACACUGAAGCCUUUACAUUACAGGAUUACAGCCAAACUCAGGGGACAAUUACUGAAAGGGGAUUAGAACCCGUUAGAAACCUGGCUUUCCAACUGAAAAAAACAGCGAUACAAUAAAAGGUAUGUGCUCGUAAAUAAGUAUAUAUAUAGUAAAUAUAUACAUGCCUUAUAUCACAGAGGACUUUUAUGUAAUAAGCUUGAAUUCAUCUAAAACAUAAAGAUGAGUGACAAUACAUUUCACUUUUUUAAAUGUAUGUAUAACGCGUAAAAAGUCAGCACCUUGUAAAUAGUAUUGGAGAGGAUGUGACUCAUAGCUGGACCCAACAGCAACUCUACUUCUGACUCAAUUCUGAAAUACUGCGAUUUACUGAAACCCCAAAAAUAUCUGAAACGACUCAGCACAUCAUGUUAGCAGCAGAAACAAUUGUAACAAGGCUUUUAAAGUGUUUUCCCUAAACCACAAUUCAUUCUAAGGCUAAAGAAUGUAUUGUUAUUCAUAAGAGGGCAUUUAGUGGAGUCGCCCUAAUUUGCAAUAUAAACUGGUGGGAUGAAUAAGUUUCACUUGAAGCCUUUUUUCUCUGCCUGGUGUGUGGUCUCAAUGUUGUUAUUCAGCUAUUCACCCAGAAAUCUUAUGUAUUGACUUUUUUCAUAUUUGAAAUCCAUACAAACACAGCAUGCAAGUAAUCUACAUUUAUCAAAUCUUAAGUCAUGCAUAAUACUGUUGUAUGCUGAAAGUAACUCACGUCGCUUAUAACAAAUUGUACGUUAAAAAGCCUCUAAUCUAAAUGUUAGUUAUGCUGUCUCCUUCCUUUAUUGCAUAAUACAUCACUGUUCCACAUGAUUCAUUUGACAUAAAGCAUUGUGUGCUGUGCGGAACGGCUUCAUGGGGUUUCGCAAUGAACCCGGUGUGAUAAAAUUUGUACUCUUCAAUCCACAAUAAAGAUUUUGCAUUGAUGUCAUCA